GCCGUCGUCGCCAAAGAUCCGCACUUCCUCGGCGCCGAAGUGGACAAAACCCUGGCCCCCGUCGUCGCCGGGCUAACCGGCCUCGGCCUGUCUAGUCCUGAGAUCGCUCGCAUCGUCUCGCUCGCCCCCGACGGCUUCCGCCGUAGAUCCAUACUCUCCAGGCUGCUCAAGCGCUCGUCCUGCCUGUUGUUUUCGGACCUCGACAAGGUUGUCAAGCCCAAUGUUGUGUUCCUCAGGGAGUGCGGGCUAGGUGAUUCUGAUAUUGCCAAGCUGUGUAUCCAUGGGCCGAGGAUGCUCACCACCAACCCGGAGCGCGUCCGGGCGAUGGUGACAUGCGCCGAAGGUAUAGGCGUGCCCCGUGGCUCUGCGAUGUUCAGAAAAGCCCUACAUGCUGUCGCAUUCCAAAGCAAGGAGAAGAUUGCCGCCAAAGUGGACUACUUGAAAAAUACCUUCAGGUGGUCUGAUGCCGAAGUGAGAAUUGCUGUGCGCAAGUAUCCGGGUGUGCUGAGGAAGUCAAAGGAAUCUCUGAACCGCAGGUCCGAGUUCUUGUUCUCUAAGGUGGGGCUGGAACCCGUGUACAUUGCUCAUCGACCGGAAAUACUUUCUUAUAGCAUGGAGGGCCGACUCAGACCUCGGUACUAUGUUAUCAAGUUUCUCAAGCAAAAUGGACUGCUAGAUUGUGACUUGAGCUUAUAUUCUUCGAUCAAGAUGACUGAGAAGGUAUUUGUGGAGAAGCUCAUAUGCCCUCACAAGGAAGCUGCACCACACCUCGCUGAAGAUUAUGCAGCAGCUUGCAAAGGGGAAGUGCCAACUAAUUUCAGAUUUACAUGAACAAAAAAGGUCUAUGGAAAUUGGUUACAGUGUAUGGUGCAACAAAGUUACCACCCUGCGUGUAAGCUGUAUUUCCUGUUUCGGUGUUCUUUGCCUUACUUGAUGUUGUUUGUUCUCUGUAGUAUGCCUGUUACAUGCCACUUGAUCAUUGCUAAAUGCUAACUCCCUAUGAAGCUGGCACUUUAAUUCCUGAACCCCCAUAUAUGUUGAUAUUGUCAUUCCUUAGAGAAGAACUCUGUAAAUGAGAAGUUUAUUGAUAUAUAUGUGAUUCCGACUUCCAUUGAAGAUCAUGGAAAUUGGGUGUGUGGGUGGACCAAUUUUGUGUUUAAACCAGCACCGGAGCAUAAUAUGGUGAUGUUUAGUUACGGUAAUCUAACAUCACCAUAUUAUGCUCGGGAGCAUAAUAUGGACCAGUUUUGACUGAAGAAGUGGAUGUUUCAAUUGAUGCGUCAGAUCAAAUAUGUAUAUGUGAUUGAGAUGAGUUGUAUAUUUCUGAGGUUUACAUUGCAAUGAGCACUGUUCUUAGAAACACAAAACUGAAUUUAUAUACUAGGCCCGCAUGAUUGUUUUCCCUCAGCAAGGUCACCGCAGCUGUUUCCUUAACUUACAUUUUUCUUCUACGGUAAGAUACUAAUAUCCAAUACAUAGUAGCGACAUUAAGUUCUUGGCAGACUAAGAAGUCUAUGGCUGAAGAAUAAAAGAAUCGACGCUAUCAUGUCUUACCACCGUUAUGGAGAAAACAAGGGGUGCAGCUUAGUCGGGCUUACUGUUCAGAUCCCCAUGAGUUCCCAUCUUUUGGUUUUCCUUUUCUAUGAGGUGAACCAUUUCAGAAACCGGCAUUGUGUUGGCGCACAUAUAUAGUUUCUAACUUGCAGCCAGAACCAUUUAACAAGUAUCGACAACUUGCACAAGUAAAGGGAGUAUCCACAUCCAUUAUCUUGACAUAUAAAUUCUGUUCCUUUUCUAUACUGCUGACACAACAGGAGACCUAUGAUCUAGUGUUAUCAGCGUGUUCCUUAGACAUAUUCUGCUUUAGUUUUAUUCUGUUGCAGUUAAUAAUGCAUCUUCAGUUCCUUCCAUUUAUUUGUUACUUUUGCAAGACUGAAUACGAAUUCUGACCAUUAUAUGUGAUAUGAAAUAAUGAAAUGGAAAAUACGAAAGAUUGUGACAAUACAAAUUUAUUGAGCGAUUGCAGGUCUUAGCAAAGGCGAUCAAAACCAAAGGAGAAAUAAUUUGGGAAGGAGAGGAAAUUACAGCCCAGGAGAGGAGGAGACAGAUAACCCAAACUCAUAGAAAUAGAGACAGUGGUGGAUCUUGAAGGACUCCAGGACUCUCUCCCUGCCGUCGUCGGCGGCAUGGUAUGCCUCCAUGAACUCCUGGUACUUGGGCGGAUUCCCUGCUUCGUGCACCGUCUCCAGUAUCGGGCCUAUGCGGCAUUCCAUCUUGGGCAUGGCUAUGGAGUUGGUGACUAGAUAGUGCUGUGCUUGACCCACACCAGCACCCCAUUGCUAUUGGUGAUUACAUAUAUCUCAAUGACUCCGUCUGGUGCCCAAGUUGAUGACAAAUGCAUCGGGUACUGUGGGACGAUGAGCCACCUCUGACACCCUGGGAUUGGGAGAGCACGGUGAGGAGGUGGGGGUCGCAGUGUGGGAAGAAGCCAAGCGUGACAGUGACAGUCGGGUCUGGGCAUGGCGGGUAGUAGUUCACGUUUAUCUGGGCCACCGCCUCAGAGGUGGGUGAGCCGGAGCGGUGUCUGACAAAACCAAAGCGCGUGACUGUACCUGUCAGAAGCCGAACUCCUGGCCAGCCUGGAUGACAUGGCUGAAUGGUCUCAUCCAAUUAUAUUUUUCCAAAUCAUGGUUGAACGAAUUAUAUGUUGUCAGUUCCAUUUUUUUCCCA